GUGACGGGCAGGUGGACUUCGAGGAGUUCGUGACAUUACUGGGGCCCAAGCUGUCCACCUCGGGCAUCCCGGAGAAGUUCCAUGGCACAGACUUCGACACCGUCUUCUGGAAGUGUGACAUGCAGAAGCUGACAGUGGACGAGCUGAAGCGGCUGCUGUACGACACCUUCUGCGAGCACCUCUCCAUGAAGGACAUUGAGAACAUCAUCAUGACGGAGGAGGAGAGCCACAUGGGCACGGCCGAGGAGUGCCCUGUCGACGUGGAGAGUGAGUGCCGGGCGGCCGGGGAUGCCAAAUACCUGCCCCAGCCCCAACGCCACAGGGAUGGCAACGGGAACCCGGG